AUGGCUUUGGAUAUGUUAGAGUGGGGUGAUAGUGAAGAAGAAGAUGAUGAAGCUAAGAAUGAAGGGGAACUUGGAGCAGAAGUUAACGAGAAUGAAGAAGUUGGCUCAAAUGGCACAAAUGAAGCUGGUUCAAGUGGCACCAGCUCACCUUCCAGUGAGUCACAUGAUGGGAAUUCCUCGGGUCCAGUUGAAGGGAGGGCAAGACGAGCUCCAUUUUGGAUGCAAGAUUAUGAAACCGGAGAGGGUUUGUCAGAAGAAGAAGAUGUGAGUGCCAUGAUGAUUCUCACAGAAGCUGAUCCCAUUACUUUCGAGGAACCCGUGAAGAGCAAGAAAUGGAGAGACGCCAUGAAUGCAGAGAUUGAGGCUAUUGAACGUAAUAAAACAUGGGAUUUGACUAUCCUACCUGCAGGAGUAAAGACCAUUGGAGUUAAAUGGGUUUUUAAAACAAAACUUAAUGAAAGUGGUGAGAUAGACAAGUGCAAGGCUAGACUUGUGGCAAAGGGAUAUGCACAACAAUAUGGGAUUGAUUACACAGAAGUUUAUGCUCCAGUUGCAAGACUAGAUACCAUACAUUUGAUAAUUGCCCUAGCAGCUCAACAAGGUUGGAGUAUUUUUCAGCUUGAUGUGAAGAGCGCAUUUCAGCAUGGUGAGCUUAGUGAGGAAGUGUUUGUCCAACAACCUCAGGGAUAUGAGAAGAAGGGUGAGGAACACAAGGUUUAUAAGCUAAAUAAGGCACUGUAUGGCCUCAAACAAGCUCCACGAGCUUGGUACAGCAAAAUUGAGGCCUAUUUUGCUAAAGAAGGCUUUGAAAAAUGUUAUUGUGAACACACACUAUUGACAAAGUCGAAUGAAGGAGGUAAGCUCUUAAUUGUCAGUCUUUAUGUUGAUGAUUUAAUCUUUACUGGGAAUGACAUGAGCAUGUGUGAAGAGUUUAAGAAGUCGAUGAUGUUAGAAUUUGACAUGUCUGACCUGGGAAAGAUGAGAUAUUUUCUGGAGGUUGAAGUACUACAAAAUUCUGAUGGGAUUUAUGUGAGUCAAAGAAAGUAUGCUCAUGAAGUUUGA